UGUCCUGGUGUCCAAGCACAAACACUCGCUGGCUGCUACUACAACCAGUCCUACUGCUACAGCAGCAGCAGUGGAUGGUGGCUGGAGCUCUCGGCUCUCACAGGCAGGCGGCGAUAUCGCGCAUAAAACGAGGCGAGUUGGCGGCGAGGAGCGAUUCCUCCUCACUCCUCACUCCGCCUUGCUGCAGGCUCCGUGUCCUGGCGCCACUGCAGCGCUGCACGACACAACGGCCUUCGUGCUGCGGAUGCUGGAGAAUAGUGUGAGUGCGGCCAACGCUGGGGGCAAGGGGGAAGGGAAGUGCAGCAUGAGGUGCAGGCGAGAAGCUGCAGUACCCACCCUGGACUGUCGCACGUGUCCGACUCUCAUGUUGCCCGGCUGUACGUGUGGCGGGGACGUCCUGUCUUCUCUCGUCUGAGGCUGUGUUGAGGACGGUGGGUCAUCAUCUAUCAAUGACAUGUCUCUGCAAAUGUUGAACAAUUCGGCGGAAAAUGGCGCCGUGUUCGUCACUUCCACUUCCGGUUUGGUCCAAAACCUGUCCUUGGACGAGCAUCAGUUGCUGCAGGACAUCAACGACCGGCGGGCCACACUACUACUCCCAGCCAUCAUCAUGACAGUGCUGCUGAUGUUGAUCGGUCUCCUAGGCAACCCGCUGGCGCUGUACAUCUACGGCUGGCGCUGGCCACCAUCGUCCACCAAGUACUUCCUGGUCUGCCUGGCCGUCAUCGACCUCAUGAACUGCCUCAUCACCAUGCCGACGGAGAUUCUGGUCAUGCGGCAAUUCUACCUCUUCGAGAGCGACGCGUUGUGCAAGGUGUCGCGCUUCACCACCUACGUCAUGAACAACGCCACCUCCGCCAUCUUCAUCGCCAUCGCCAUCGACCGCUACGUCCGCAUCUGCCAUCCGCACAGCAAACCCUUUUCUGCAAGGAAGGCCAAGGUUGCCUGUGCCGUGGGGCUGCUGAUAGGGCUGGCGGUGUCCUGGCCGGCCCUGGUCCUGUAUGGUAAGAUCACCGUGCAGGUGUAUGUCCGCCAGCAUCCUCCGCUCGUCGUGCGCGGGGCCAUGUGUAUGAUAAACAGUGACAUGGAGAAGUACACGCUGGCUUUCUUCGCCUACCUUUGCACCGCAGUCCUCUUGUGCACACUCAUCCUCGUCAUCCUCUACACGCUCAUCGGACGCACCAUCCUAAAGCGGAAGCGAGAACAGCGCAGGCGUAAAGAAGUCACGGCCACGACGCUGGAGAAUCUCGGUCGAAAGACAGAAAGCUUGAUGAGAAACGGUAGCGGCGGCGGCGGCAGUGGCGGCGGUGGUAGUGGUAGUGGAAGCGGCGGUGGUAGUGGUGGCGGAAGCGGCAGUGGCGCCGCUGUGGAGAAGUCCUCUUCUUCCUCCUCUCCGUCACUUCCUCUAAAAGUUCCGCAAGUGCCGGACACCCCGGAUGAAGAAACAGUUCCGGGGUGCAACGUGAACAAUUUCUCCCUCCGCUGCAAGAAGUGGCGUCCGCCCAAGGCGACGUUGAUGUUGUUCCUCAUCACCGUCGUCUUCGUCGUGAGUUUCCUCCCCUUCCUCAUCAUCACCAUCAUCCGACAGCAUCGUGGUGCCAGAUUUUACACGAGCUUGACCACCAACGAGCUCUUGAUGGUGAACAUCUUUCUGAGGUCGUACCUGGUGAACAACUGCGCCAACCCCAUCGUCUACGGCCUGUGCAACGCGCGGUUUCGCGACGAGUGUAAGCGGCUGUGGGACCGAGCCUUGCGCCGAAGCAAGUCCACCAACCAGAGCUCUCGCCAAAACUCGGUGAGGUCGAAAAGUCACUGCGAGACUCCGAAGCGAGAAAGAAAGUUCCUGCCAGACGCAUCUAAAAAAACGAUUUCUGGGCAUUUUGGUCUGUAUAGGCUAGAAGAUGUUCUACGGAUUUUCAAAAGCUCACAAAUGGACUCUUCUACAACAGCGGGGUGGACGUCUUCCUCUGAAACAUCGCCGAGUGACCUAUCUAGUCCAUCCACUUCUUGUGACUCAAGAAGAAGAGAGGAAGACUGCUACAGUCACAAACCCUACAACACGGCCAACGACACUAUGUUUCCCGUUAUGUACAUAGUCCUUAUGAUGGUUAUUGCCCUUGUUGGAAAUAUCCUGGUGCUCUUCAUCUUUAACUGUAGAUGGCGCUCUGCAGGAGUCACCAAGGUCUACGUGUCAGCCCUCGCUGUUCUCGACGUCUUUGCUGCUCUCAUCGUAAUGCCGCGAGAUCUCAUCACCUUUACCUUCACCUCUCCUCGUACCCUGGGCAUCCGUUCUCCAGACGUUUUCUGCCAAGUUGUGACGUAUGCUGGAUUCAUCAUGCACUUUGCCUCUGGAAUCAUCCUCGUCGCCAUUGCUGCAAGCCGUUAUUUUAAAGUCAUUGGGUCACACGUGGCGGAUGGUAGGGGUUCAAAGUUCAAGAAGCUGUCGCGUUUUGUGAACACCUAUCGAGGCGCCAAAAUCACGUCACUUACCGUCUUUGGUGUUGCGUUUGUCUUAACCUUCCCGUCUGCUUUGAUGUACGAAAACAAGCCGGACACGUUUUGCUUUUUUAAUCUUCGAAAUCAGUCUACUUCAACAUUUAACUCAGCCUGUUACCUUUACUGUACACAGACAACCGAGCCUUCAAAAAUCUUUGUAAUGGUUUUCUUGAUCUUUAACCUGGCAAUAUUUGCAUGCAUUUUCGUCAGUUUGAUCCUCAUGUACGUGGCGAUAGGAUAUCAUCUCAGGCUGUCAGAAAGAAACCAACGGCCAUGGCCACCACUCAACCGUGACGGUUUGAAAAAGAGUAGAACAGAUGUCUCAAAGUCUGCAAACGAUGAGGCAUUGUCAGUCAGAGAUAAAGUGUCAGAAACAACCGUUCAUUCUAACAGACAGGUGCAUCCCACUUCUGCCAAUACUUCACAAGAAGAUAGUCUGCAUCCAUCUUUGCCGCCUGUAUCAUACAGUUCACACGCCAUCUCCUCUGCGCUACCUAAGUCUGAUAAUUUCAAAAAGAACGAAGAAGAAAGGAAUAAUCUUCAAAAUAUCUCCCUACCGUCUGUUCGCGACGCCAAGCUGAAAAUAGCCCAGACAAGGAAGAAAACUCUCACCAUGAUGAUCAUAACGGUGAUUUUUAUUUUGAGUUACCUCCCUUUCUUGUCCUUGUCCAUCGCUAACCAGGUUACAGGUGGGCUGUGCAGCAAGAUGUCACCUGACUGGCUGAUGACCGCGGAGGUCUUCUGGCGCUCGUUUUACAUCUCCAACGCCGCUAACCCCAUCGUGUACGGCUUCUGUAACCCCACCUUUCGCAAGGUGUUGUGGAAGACGCUCAGCUGGCGAGCACAAAUUAUCUAAGGUAGACAACUCUGCUGGCGAGCACAAAUUAUCUAAGGCGUUGUUACUCCUCGAGAUUAAUGGUCUUUACAGCUAAAUAGACUAUUUUUCUCCUUGCGGCAACAUGGCAGUCAAGUCAUUAAGUAUUUACUUCAAACUGUGAUUUGUGUGAAUACAGUUAUUUUUAAAUUGUG